AAAUCGCGGUUAGCGUUACGUAAAGCGAGCGAUCGAGCCAGCGAAUCAACGGUCUCGCGCGCGCUGCUCACGAGUCGCGUACGAUGAACGGCGGUUAACAAUACGACGGUGUCAACGCGGAGUGAGAUAAAUAGAGAGAGAGAGAGAGAGACGCGGCGGCGUGGACGUUACAUCUCACAGACAGAGCGCAAUCGCCGUCAGUCGCCGUCGGUCGGUCGGUCGGUCGCUGUAGGUGGAAGAGGUAGCUCGCGCUCUCGCCGAUAGAGCAUCUCGUGCAACGCGAUCUCCGCCGUUUCAAGGACGACAAGUCGGCCGGAAUUGAGCGCGAAAGCUAUUAUUUACGGAAAGUGGUGGUUUCGUGAGGGCGUAGUGAGACGGACGACGACGGCUUUUCCUCCUCUCUCUCUCUCUCUCUCACACGCGUAGCAGUAGCCCACGCACUGUGCAUACACUUGUUCUGUCACACGCGCGUGACUCCACGCGCGAAAGGUGACAGCUUCGCGAUAACGGCGGGCAGACACUGGCAGCCUGGUGAUUCAGUGCUCUUUCUUUCUUGGCACUGUCGGAUUAUUCAUUCGAUCCAGCCGGAACUCGAUUUGUCCGCACUGAACUCGGCCGCCGAGGAGGUGAGCUCCGGUUGGCACAAGUAUUCGACACUCGAGAGAGUUUCUCUCGUUUCCAGAGGCACUCCGGCGAGAUGUCCAACGGCCGGAGCGAGGUCGACCCGUUCAGCGAGACGCCCAUGGAGCUUGAGCCCUGCGAAGGCAAUGGUCAAGCAAUCAUAGAUGAAAGUCCAAAAAACGGCUUGGAGACUAAUGCUGUGGGUGAAGCUGCUUACGCAGAACCGUUGACACCGGAAGAGAUACGAUGGUUUUACAAAGACGGAGUCGACAAAAGAUGGGUGGAGUUUUGCGGAUACGAUAGCUUGAGGAUCGAGAAGAUUUAUCAGGACCGUCAGGAUUUGCUCGGCAGAAUUGAUGCUGAGACGGACAGUCUGCCGCCCGCUGAGAAAAUUGUAGUCAGGGGAGGCAUGUACGAUGUUGAAAUCGAUAAUAUGAAGUGCGUUUCCAUAUACUGGCCAGGCGAAGAAUGGGAAAUUAUGAGAGCCACAUGGUACUACGAUGGUAGCUGGAUACCGUUAGAAUCGGAACAUUCCAAAGUAAUAGAGGAGGUCCAUCUUAACCUAUUCCAAAGGGAAAGCAACAAUCAAAGUAGUUCUAAGUGCGAUACAAAUAAUCAGUCCUACAAAGUUCUACAUACCGAACAGUUCUCCGAAUUUCACGUUGACUGGCACACGAUUAACGAUGUUACGUUAUAUAGUGAAUAUACACCUACUAAACUGAUGCGCAGCGUUACGUCAAAAUUGGGCUUCACCAAGACGACGGGUUAUCGGUUAAAAAGGGGAUAUAAAACGCGCGCGAAUAUGGAAAAUAAGCCGCGUGACAUUGACCAUUUAGUGUUCGUCGUCCACGGGAUAGGACAGAAGCGAGACACGGGGAAAAUUAUACGUAAUACCACGUGUUUCAGGGAUUGCGUGGACUGGCUCAAGCAGAAAUAUUUCCCCAAUUCGAAGCACCGGGUGGAAUUCUUCGCGGUUGAGUGGCGGUCGUCGUUGAAAUUGGACGGAGAUAUAGUGGACGCGAUCACGCCUUACAGCGUACUGAGUAUACGCCACUUGCUGAACGCAUCGGCGAUGGAUAUUCUGUAUUACACGAGCCCCCUGUACGGCGCCGAGGUCAGAGCCGGUCUGCAGAAGGAGCUGAACAGGCUGUACUUUAUGUUCGCGAGCCGGCACCCGGGUUGGCAAGGAAAGGUGUCGAUCUUGGCGCACUCUCUGGGAUGUGUGAUUGUGUACGACAUAGUUACAGGCUGGAUGGGCCCGGACACGCGACUCCCAUCCCCGGCGCAGGAAGUUUUACUCCAAGGAUUGCAAUUUCCCAUCGAGAAUUUGUUUUGCCUGGGCUCGCCGCUGUCCGUAUUCUUAGCGUUGCGCACACGCACCCCAUCCAACAGGCUGGACGUGAUGCCGCAGGGCUUGUGCAAGAGAUUUUACAACAUAUUUCAUUGGUCCGACCCGGUGGCUUACCGGAUGGAACCGCUCUUAGAGAGAGGUUACAGUAAGAUCGAGCCGGUCCUCAUACCUCCGUACGGCGGUGUCGACGGGCAGCAGUCGAUGGAACGGUCCCCCUCGUCCUUCAAUAACGGAGAUCCAGUUCUACCGCCUACAGAAACUGAUGAUAAGGACGACAGUCCAGUGGGUACGCCGAACCGGAGCGCGGAGAAGGGUUGGAGCCUGUGGGAUUUAGUCCGAGGCGGCUGGAACGUGAAAGAAGGCCCGUCUUCGCCGACGCCAGAUUCAAACCCACCAAUCCGUCCAGAGCAAGAAUUAACGCAGCGACUGGACUACGUGCUGCGCGCUGUCGGUUUAGGAAGGAAUUAUUUGUACACAGUAACGGCUCACACGGCAUACUGGAAUAAUUACGACGUGGCCUAUUUCGUAUUAACGAGACUCUUCCCGACGCUAGAAACGUGAUGGCGGUUUAAACGUUUUGACGCGAACCGCUGGCGGAUUCUGAUAAGAUGUUCUAGUCCAUUGUAGGCCCGCCGGACGUGAUAUAGCAUAUAUAAAUGGGCCUACCACCAAAACAGUCUGUGAUAACGGUAAAACGAUACAAUAAUAACGUUGCAAAUUCUAUAUCGGGAAAUCGAUCAUUUUAUAUAUCGCCCGCAUAAUUUAGUAACGCUAAUUCCGGUCGAGUUACAUGAGACGAGAGAACUUUAUCAUCUGCUCGUAUUUUGGAAAGUAACUUGUUUGUAUUGAAACGAUGAUCCGACGGUGAUCGACGAUUUGUAACGUAGCGUAAAACAGAGUUGCGUCUCAUCGUAGGGAAAAAGUACGAAAGAACUAAGUUUCGCGCUUUGUGUUAACCUCCCGAUGAAUAUAGUUUAUGCGAAAUAUUUAAGUACAGACGCUCCUUAUGAUUGCUAUACUUGUUAUCGACAUAACCUAGUUGUUUUUCAGAUAGUUUAUCGGCAACUAAUAUAUUCCCGUUGAUUGCCUUUGUUGUAUAUUGCCAUGUGUAAAUAAGCGACAUAUUUUAAGAUCAGUAUCUAAUAUUAAAUACGUUUAUCGAUCCUAGGGUAACGCGCGAGAUAAGGUGAUGCUUAGAAAUUUUUCUUACACGCAUUCAAGCCGUUACUCUCGAGUUACUAUGAGAAUACUUCUCGAGACCGAUUUCGUCAGUAAUACAGAAACAUGAAACACCAUAUGUCUCUAACUUAGAGUUUUAAAUAACAUGUAAUUCAUCAUAAGGCACAGUAACGCGCGCUACUUAAAAAGUAUAGUAUGAUUUUAUAACUGAUUUUAUAUGAUUAAUUUUCGAUAGCAAAUUUCUAUUAUAAUGCAAAUAAUUAUAAAUAUUGCUCCAUACUGCUUUAACUUGCUUAAGUGAUCAGAGUAUUCUUACUAUACGCAUUCUAUGAACGCGAGUGGAAUUAGAAAUCUUCGGACGCGACGACACCGAUUUUUCCUCUUUUUCUGUAAAGAGAUUUUACAGGAAUAAAAGUUGGUUACUCCGAUGGAGGGUAACUUAAGUUCAGUGAUUUCACACGAACGCUGUGCGAUAAUUAUUUAAUAAGGAAAAUAAUUAUUAGAUAUUGAAUUUUUGUCUCAGUUUACAAUGAGAAUUGUCCUGCAUAUUACAGAUUCGGAUAGGAUAACGUGGACAAUUAGCCUAAAAGAUUCUCUUUACGUUUGGAAGAUAAUCUAUUUUUACAUGUCGUCCACACAUUCGGCGAAUAACACUACUUUUAUUUAUGCAAUUUAUAGCUAUAUUUCCAUUUGUUUAGUCACUUAUAUUUUAUUAUUUUAUAGAGGGCAUAAUUUUCGUUGCCUUUGUUAUAUAUAUUAUGAAAUUGUUUGGAUGCUGAAGUUUAUUAAUGCCAAAAAAAUGCAGUAUUGUUGCUUAACACACACACACACACACACACACACACACACACACACACACACACACACACACACACACACGUCUGAAAUUCGUCCGUACAAAAGAAUACUAGUUUUUUGAAGUCGGACCGAACGAUUUAUCAGU